CUUUUACAGCGUUCAAAACAUCACCUCAAGGCAUCUCUUUUACAAACAAGGCUCUACCAGCUACAAAGCUAUGAACGGGAUAACCGCAGGCGUUAAUAAAAUGAAAAUGGGCCAAAAAAUUCAUAUUGGUUUCGGAGACGAUGAUAUUCUAGAUGAAGUUCCGUCUCGCCCCUCGGACAAUCUCGCAACAGAGUCGCACGACACUCCGCAUUGUCCAGAUGAGGUUCCGUUCCGCCCGCCAGGCAAUCUUGCAGCAAAAUUGCCCGACACUCCGCGCUAUCUCUUUCGCGUUUUUUCAGAUGCGUCCGAAGGGGAGAAUAGCAGCAAAUGCAUGAAAUCUGUCGACGCGGUGAACAAGACUUUUGAAGACAUUUUUGCACGAGACCCCUUAACUGUUGCUUUAACCCUCAACGAGCAUCUUAGGUGGCAGAAAAAAAAAUCAUACGGAGAUCCUUUUAUAUCAUGGACAACUUCGCUUCUUAACGCAAUUCAGUAUGCUAUUUACAAGCGUAAGAAGGAAUCUACCAAAUUGAGCGCGAUUUCUCUGUGCAUUGUUGACACUACUUUAUUCCCCAACGGAGUGUUCAUGGAAGACCUCGACCUCAUCGAAAAAUUCAUUGAUAAAGGCCAUGCGUAUAAUUGGGGAAACAGAGGUCUCGACAAUCUCGGCCAGUUGCGGAACAAACAGCAUCAGACGUAUUCUGGUGUUUACUACUUUGGAGAGUACCUUUCACAGGGGCAAACCAAUAUUGAGGGUCGUUCAUGCACAGUGACUUGCGAUAAGAUUAUUAACAGCAAAUUGUUUGCCUUUAUGCCUCAAUUCGAAGACGAAUUGAAAGACGAAACUCCUCUACGUUGGGCAAACGCAGUCAUCGAGCUUCGACAACCAUUCUACAUUAAGAAGCAAAAAGAGAUGAAGGAUUCAGACUUUAGCAAUGCAACGACAAUAGCUUUAGAAUUUGAUACGGCAUGGUUUCUGCCUAUGCUAGCCAAUUUACUAGCUCUAAAUCCUCGAACGGCUAGGGAUCCUAGAAUCAUAGGCUGGACAUGGGAGCAUUUCCGCGAGGAGUUAAUGCACCAUUUAUCACCUAAAGUCACGAACGUUGUGGCCAAUGACAACAUUCCCGAGGUCCUCCAUUUUGGGAAGAUUAUUCAUGGUAUUAGGGAAUACUACUACACUAGGUCUGUUGCUAGGUUGAUGAGUUCUAUGGAAGAGACUACAGAUAUUAUUCGUCACUUUAUACGCGAGUCUGGGACCCCUGGAGGUCGAAAGAUGUUUGGUCCGGGAGAUUUAGCAUGGUAUCUCCCUACUGUAGACCAUGACUAUGUGCAGCCACUUAUGCAGAGCUUGGAAACUCUAAGGGGAACUAUACAAGAACUUCAAGAAGAUACAACUUAGAAGGGUGGAUUGGAGAUUAUGUGGCACUGAACGCCUCCAGAUAACGCCACGAACGUGCGCGACUUGUUGGACCUAUUUUCAAAAUUGCAGUUCUUGGGCUGGCAGAUACAGUAGCAAAAUUACCGCGCUUGCACAUUUAUACAUGGUUCGUGUUGCGUUUGAUGCACCAAAUCAGAUGCCUGGUUUGCAGCUAUUACGAGACCACGAGGCUAUUUGAGAGCAUGUAUGUAGUUGGGCUUGAUAUGCCUUUUCUUAUCUUGAAGAGUGCAGUAAAAGGUGGCCAGUGCACGCAAAUGACGAUUAUAGCCUGCCAAGUCCUUGCGUUCCGCUCUGAGGGUGAAAAUGUGGGAUGAGGGAAGCUCUUGAUUGCGUUCUAUAAAACGCACAAUAUUGAC